AGGACAUCAGUCGUUGCGAACACUGACAACCUGAUUGGACCACCUUUUCCAUGGUUCACCACUUGGGGUCAGCUUGAGCUGUCUUUUUUUUCUCUGGUCUCUCCUCCGCUCAUUCCACCAUACCCAUCUGUCCUACGCCCCGAUGGAAGUUAACAAGGAAGAAGCUCUUCGCUGCUUGGCUAUAGCUAAGAAUCACUAUGGGACAGGAAAUUACCCAGCUGCAGUUAAAUUGACAAAGAAAUCCAUCUCGCUUUACCCCACCGAUGAUGCUAAAGCGUUCCUGACCAAGGCAGAAGACAAAGCUAAAAACCCAUCAUCAGCAACAACUUCCGGAUCCAAUGCCAGUGCGUCGUCAACAGCCGAAAACGUAAAACGUAGAGAACAUAAAGCUCAAAGCAGAGAAUAUACACAGGAACAAAUAGACGCUGUUAAGCGUAUAAGGGCUUGCGGAACGGAUUAUUACAAGAUCCUGAGUUUGGAGAAAACGUGCACAGAUGGAGAGAUAAAGAAGUCGUAUCGAAAGCUUGCGUUACAAUUCCAUCCCGACAAGAAUGGUGCACCUGGAGCAGAUGAAGCAUUUAAAAUGAUUUCCAAAGCAUUUACAGUACUUUCUGAUACACAAAAGCGAGCCGUUUUCGAUGCUGGCGGUGGUGACCCAGAGCAGCGAGGCGGUGGAGCAUCAGCAUCAUCCAUGUUCAACCAAUUCCAUCAACAACGGUAUGCAGCAUCUCAAUUUGGCGGCGAAGAACUGAGUCCAGAAGACCUAUUCAACGCAUUUUUCGGAGGAGGAGGCUUCAACGGUGCUGGGUUCGGUCCAGGGUUCCGGAGCGCGACUUUUGUCGGUCCUGGUUUCCGUACUCGUACAUUCAAUACCGCUGGUGCUCGACCGGAUCCUGGACAGAGACAACAACCCACUUCAACGUGGAUGACCUUGGCACAAUUACUACCAUUGCUUCUACUAUUCGGUGUCUCGAUCUUAUCGAGCCUGUUCUCUGAGAGCACGCCGCAAUUCGCAUUUGAUCGUACGUCGCUCUACUCACAAGCUCGCGCAACACGACAACACAAGGUCCAUUAUUAUGUCAAUCCUAAUGCCUUUGGAAGCUAUGAAAAGAAUGCCAGAAAAUUGCGAGAGUUCGAACAAAAUGUAGAGAUCACUUGGGUACGAGGUUUACAAUCCCACUGCCAAAAUGAGAAACAAGUUCGGGCUGCUAGAAUCAACCAAGCGAGGGGCGGUCUCUUUGGAAUUGGAUACGACGAAGAACGAUACCAACAGGCAUUGAAGAUGCCCAUGAAAUCAUGUGAAGAACUACGUUCGUUUGGCUACAAUCCUGAUUAUUACUAGGCAUGAUCAUAGUCAAGCUUCUAUCAAAAUAUUAACUCUUUCCUUUAUUUCCCCCAUUCCCCUCUCCCAUUCUCAACAUGCUAGACAUCCCCUAUGCUACAUUUUGAGUAUAUAAGAGGAACUUCUUGUCAUUCGUUGAACACUUACGUGACAAUACUUUAGAGCAUGUAUUAAAUUUGAUUCAAUCUGGCAGUAACUGGAUUCCUAAUCCAGAUAUAUUUGUCGCAUGCAAUGCAACUUUUUGUUAACAAUUACUGUAGCGACAUAAUAAAAAUGGUUAUUGGCGUUGAGAGCGUCGUUAUUA